GGGGAAUCUGUCUACCUUCAUAUUUUAUCAGCUUGCUGUAUUUCGCUGGGCAAGCUUCUCUCUCGCGCGACAGUGAACAUGCGAGGUACUCGAUGUAUUCUGUAGCGAGGAAGUUCGUAGGUCAACCGCGGCCGCAAUUGAAGCUUGCGAGUAUCUGGUCGACGACUCCCCGAAACUCGAUUCUCUUGCGAUCGUAUGCAAAUGCGCGCCUCGACUUGCUACCCGCUAUAGACCGAAAAUGGCGUCAAAUACCGAACCGAUGCGGGCGCCGGGACGAAGAAGCUCGUACUGGUGCUCCUACGCUCAAGCAUGACGAUUCUCGACCUGCCAACGAACGCAUGUACAUCCUGUCUAUGUUUCCAUAUCCGUCGGGAAACUUACAUCUGGGACAUCUUCGAGUAUAUACCAUAGCCGAUGUGAUAGCGCGCUUUCGCAGAUUGCAGGGUCAUGAUGUGCUUCUACCAAUGGGCUGGGAUGCCUUCGGGUUGCCCGCUGAAAAUGCGGCAAUUGAGCAUGGCAUUGACCCUGCCGUCUGGACGAGAGACAACAUCGCGCGUAUGAAGGAACAACUUGAAUUGAUGAAUGCGAGUUUCGAUUGGUCACGGGAAUUUGCAACGUGCGAUCCAGAAUUCUAUAAGCACACACAAAAAAUAUUUUUAUUGCUUCGCGAGCAUGGCUUCGUAAGCCAGAGAAAAGCAACUGUAAACUGGGAUCCUGUUGACAAUACCGUGUUAGCUAACGAACAGGUCGACGCGGAUGGUCGAUCAUGGAGAUCGGGUGCGAAGAUCGUUCAGCGUGAGCUUAAACAGUGGUUCUUCCAUAUCACAAAGUUCAAGGAGUCGCUAUUGCGAGACCUAGAGAAACUGGCAGUGGACGAUGCUUGGCCCGAGAGGGUCUUGACCAUGCAAAAGAAUUGGCUGGGUCGGACCGAGGGUGCCUAUUACGAGUUCCUUACGUAUACUAGGGAUGAUACAUCUAAGUCUCAAAAGCUGAAGAUUUACACAACUAGACCAGAAACCAUUUUUGCAACCCAGUUCGUCGCCUUGUCGCCUAAUUCGGCUUUGGUACAGCAGAUUGCGCAAGAAGAUCCGAAACUGCGUGACUUCGUGGAAUGGGCAAAGGACCUUCCUCCCGAUACCACAGAAGCUUACCAGAUCCCUUAUCUCAAAGCGACCAAUCCACUCUCUUUUCUUAGCGAUAUUCAAGGCACAAGCGUCGAACCUCUCCCUGUUUAUGUAACACCUUUUGUUAGAGGGGAUUACGAAACAGGAGCGAUCAUGGGAGUUCCAGCUCACGAUGCAAGGGACCAUGCGUUCUGGGAAGCACAUCGUCCCGGUGAAACCCUCAAAUAUGCCGUCUCGCCUUUAGCAGAUGGUGCUACCUCCACCCUCAAGAAUAAACCUUAUUUAGAGGCGGGCUAUAUGACCCCUAUCGCCGGUCCCUAUUUUGGAGUAUCAUCUGAUGCUGCAGCAAGGGGUAUUGUCUCCCGACUUAGGGAUACCACAAACCUCGCGGAAAGUACCACCAAAUGGAGAAUCCGAGACUGGCUGAUUAGCAGGCAGAGAUACUGGGGCACACCUAUCCCAAUCAUCCAUUGCGAUACGUGUGGCCCCCAGCCUGUUCCAGAUGACCAACUCCCCGUUACUUUACCUAAGGUUGAUAACCAUUGGGCGAAUGGCCGAGCUGGUAACCCAUUGGAGUCUGCUACGGACUGGGUCAACACCUCUUGUCCAAAAUGUCAUGGCCCGGCUAAGAGAGACACUGACACAAUGGACACCUUCGUGGAUUCUAGUUGGUAUUACAUGAGGUUUCCGGAUCCUAAGAAUUCUAAGAUGCCGGUGUCUGAGGCUGCAGCUAAGAAUUACCUUCCGGUUGACAUCUAUAUCGGUGGAGUUGAGCACGCUAUUCUCCAUCUUCUAUACGCUAGAUUUAUCUACAAAGCAGUUAUGGGUAUUAUGUAUCCUGAUACCAAGGCUAGCGGCGGAAAGGCAGCGUCUCUUGAUUCGCUACUCAACUUCUCAGGAGAGCCUUUUAAACGGCUCAUCACACAAGGUAUGGUGCACGGAAAAACAUACUCAGACCCCGACAGCGGUCGCUUCCUAAAGCCAGAUGAGGUAGACUUAUCAAAUCCAUCCCAGCCAAAAGUAGUCGCAUCGGGAAAGACUGCGACGGUUACAUUUGAAAAAAUGUCUAAGUCUAAACAUAAUGGCGUGGAUCCAGGUGGUUUCAUUGCGAAGUACGGAUCCGAUGCCACGAGAGCGCAUAUUCUCUUCCAGGCACCUGUUGAUGAGGUCCUGAAUUGGGAUGAAGAUAGGAUACAUGGUGUUACACGCUGGUUGCGCCGUCUACAUGAUCUCGUUCGAAGGAUCCAGGAAGCAGGAGAGUCGUCUCAUGCAAUCAGUGGCGAAUUCAAUGCAGAAACCUACUUCAAAAAGCUCGAGGGCGCGGAUAAAAAGAAAGCAGCGCAACGGGCCGCGGACGUAGAGGUCUGGCGUAAAACACAAGAGACCAUUAUUGCCGUCACCAAUGCAAUGGAAAAAGUGCACUCCCUCAUCACCGUGGUUCCUAGCUUAAUGGGUCUCACGAAUGUACUCAUCGACAAUAAAGCGGCUUCGGAUAUAAUCAAACGAGAAGCUGCCCUUCGACUUAUACGGAUGACAGCACCUAUCACGCCAGCAUUCGCUGAGGAAUGUUGGAGCAUCCUCAACCCCAACAGCGAAAGCGUAUUCACAGAAGGUGUAAAUACUUGGCCCACAUCAGACGGAUCGCUAGAACUCCUAGCACAGCCCCAGGCGCUAGAUCAUAUCCAGUGCGCCGUCCAGGUGAACGGGAGAUGGCGGUGCACGGUGGAUAUCCCGGCGAAGCCAACGGACAUAGCACCUGAAAGCGAGGAGUUCCGGCAAUGGGUUACGGAGCAAAUCCUUGAGUCUGAGGAUGCGAGUGCUAGACUCGUUGGGAAUGUGGAUAUUCGUAAGGCGACGAAGGUGGUUGUUGUGAAGGGUGGUGCGGUUGCUAAUUAUACGGUUCCGAAGGGGAGUGCGUAAAUGGAAAAAGGGAGGAGGGGGGAGGGGAGGUUAGAUACCCGACUCAAUGCCUGAUUGUAUGUAUUAAAAAUGGAUGGAUGUUGUAUAUAGGUAUGAAAAAAAUGAUGCGAUGAUGUAAAUAUUUACUGAAUGUUGGCCGAUGCCAGUGAUGCCAUCCAUUGUUAUGAUUGUCUUUUGCACGUCUGUUUGGGGGACUUAGGCGCUAAAGUUACUGAUGGUGUUUACGUAAUAGCGCACAUAUGCCAAAGUUCCAGGCUAUUCAUACAGGGCGUGGAGCGCUGAAGUUACCUGCAUUCCAAUAAGUUUUAG